AUGACAGGCAGACAUCGUCAUUAUUCCCGCUCAGGGAACUCAUUGUAUGAGCUGCUGGGUCUUCAAAAAGGAGCAACGAGUGAUGAGAUUAAGAAAGCAUACAGACGGUUGGCACUCAAAUUCCACCCAGACAAAAAUAGAGACAGCCCCGACGCUGCAGAGAAGUUCAAGGAAAUCAACCGAGCAAACGUGAUACUUUCAGACACCACCAAGCGAGGUAUCUAUGAUCGGUAUGGGUCUAUGGGUAUUUAUGCAGCGGAGCAGUUUGGGGAGGAAAACGUCAACACUUAUCUUGUACUCACUAGUGGCUGGUGCAAGGCCCUAGCUAUCUUCUGUGGCAUCAUCACCGGAUGCUACUUUUGCUGCUGCUGUUGCAUGUGCUGCAACUUCUGCUGCGGAAGGUGUCGACCACAACCUCCAGAUGGUAGUGAAUACGCCAACCUGCAUGAGGAAAUGAGUUCUCCAGAUGAACCAGUCACAUCCCAGCCAAUUAUUAUAGGACAAGGAGACGACGAAGAAGCAGACAAAACUGACGAGAGGGCCAACAUCAACACCACAAACAAGAAAUCCUAUGGAACUGAUGACACUGCAUCCUCUCCUCGAGGCUCUUCAGGGGAACCAAGCAAUAUAGCAAGCAAUUGA